UUUGCACUAAUAGCGUCUAUACCUAGUUGUUAAGUUCUGUCCAUACCUGUGUAAAUCUACCUUGAUAUUAUUGUAUUUUGUAUUCUACCUUUGAUUCUACUUUCUACCGUGAUAGCGAAGAGAGCCUUCAAUGAGGUGUUCAAAGUUAGUUGUCCGUAAGAAGAAAAGAUGCAAGUAGUCAUAUUUAAAUUGGGAAUCUACAGUCUUUUAAUGAAUUUACAAUGGGGCAAAAUCUAAAAAAGAAGUCAAGAAAACAUAAACAGUUAGGAGGUGUUUUGAAACGUGCAAAAUCUCCAAAAAAGAAAACCAAAUACAUUCCAGGUCAAUUUCUCAAGGACGUAAAUUGGAGCUCUGUAAACCUCUUUAAUAUCCAAAAGGACUUUUUCAAGCCUUCAAACAGCACCAAGGCCAGAUCAGCAGGAGAGGUAGAUACAUUUCUAAAAUUGAAUAACAUCACAAUCAAUAGAAAUGCUCCUAUCCUAGGUCUGGAAUUUGAAGAAGCCAUAAUAGAUGGUCGUGUUAUUGCCAGUCUCAGAAAACUUGGCUAUGAAAAACCGACUCCCAUCCAAGCUGUAGGAUGGCCUGUUGCUCUAAGUGGCUCUAAUCUGGUGGGCAUUGCUCAGACAGGAUCCGGCAAAACUCUUGGAUACCUUCUUCCAGCCCUGACUCACAUUGCAAAUCAAAAGCCGUCUGAGGCAGGUGACGGACCCAUCGUUCUUAUACUUGCACCAACGAGAGAACUGGUUCAGCAGAUUCAGAAUGUUGCAAAUCAAUUUGAUGUGAAAGCCCUUGCAGUCUUUGGAGGGAAGAAAAAGGAUGUACAGAUAAAAUUCUUACAAGAAUGCCCCCAGUUAGUGGUAGCUACUCCAGGAAGAUUACUUGACUUGUUGCAAAUGGAAGCGACCAACCUUAAGCGAACAUCAUUCGUUGUCAUUGAUGAAGCCGACCGAAUGCUGGACAUGGGGUUUGAGUAUCAGCUGAGGAAGUUAUUGAACCAAGUCAGGCCUGAUCGACAGCUAGUCAUGUGGUCAGCAACAUGGCCUCAGAGUGUUCAAAAACUGGCCAGUGAUUUCCUGGGCGAUUAUGUUCAGAUCCAUGUUGGGAACAAGGACUUAGCUGCCAAUCACAAUAUAAAACAGAUCGUUGAAGUUUGUCAGGAGUUUGAAAAGCAAGACAAAAUUGUAGAUUUACUUAAGAAGCUGGAGAUAUCUGAGGGAUUGAAAACUUUUAUUUUCUCCAACACCAAGAGGCAGGUUGAUUUUAUAUGCAGGCUGCUUAAGAAACACGAAUUCAAAGUUGGUGCUAUUCAUGGAGACAAAAGUCAGUCUAAAAGGAAUUCAAUCCUCAAAGAGUUUAGUGAUGGAUUCAUUGAAGUCCUUGUUGCUACUGAUGUUGCUGCUCGAGGGUUAGACAUAAAUGAUGUGAAACAUGUAAUUAACUACGAUUUUCCUCUCAACACGGAAGACUAUGUUCAUAGAAUUGGAAGAACUGCGCGAUAUCAAAAGCAAGGUACUGCGUUCACAUUUUUUACUCCAAAAGAACGUAGUCAAGCAGGAGCUCUCAUAAAAAUAUUAGAGGAAGCAAAACAGACCGUCAGACCUGAGCUGAAGUCUCUCUCAAAGAAUGCAGGUGAAAAUAUCAACAGUGGCUGUGAGGAAAGGUUUGGAAGUCGCUCAUUCUUCAGCAUAGGAGAAUAACAACGCAGGCAGCCCUUAAAAUAAAGAUUUCAGUGAUAGUCAAAACUGUGAUACUGGUGUAUGAGAAGUCUUAAAGUACUUCGGGAGCGGAUAUAUUCAACAGGAUUGCCACAGUCAGGGAAUACUGGAAGAACCGUGGAAUGUCAGGAAAUUUCAAAAAGUCAGGGAAAACAUGGAAAUGUCAGGGAAAGUGUCGAAAGUGUUAGGGAAAAAUUUUUAAUUCUUCUUUAUUCGCUUUCUAGAAUGAAUUUGACGCCCAGUACAAAAAAUAUUGCCUGGAAACAAUUUCAAAUUAUGUAUUUUUAGCCACAUGGCAUAUCUACAAUUGUCAGGGAAUUUUACUCAAAUGUGUCUGGAAAAUCAAGGAAUUUCAUUUUCUAAAUUGUGUGGCAACCCUUAUUCAAAUCCAACAAUGAUCGAUUGUGGAUAAACUUAUACUUUCGUUGCUUUUGCAUAUUAGUAAAGACAUGGUGUGCUACAUCGCUACAUCAUGAUCAAAUGACCAGGUGUGAGGUCAAGUUUACACAGUUGCCAUAUUUGGCAUACUAUAACACACCUCAUUAAUUGAGGAUAGGAGUGAGAGCGUAGAUUUAAAAGAACAUAUGUUAGCGGACAAACCCGAUUUUAGGACAAACUAGAAUUUCCUAGGACAAACUCGUUUGCCGGAAGAAAUCUUGUUCGGCCUAAGCACCUAGGAUAAAGUAGUUUGGCCUAGGCCGGAACUAGUUUGUCCAGAGCAAUUUAGUAUAAACUAGUUUGUCCUAGGCCAGAGUAGUUUGUCCUAGGUGCUUUAGGAAAAAUCUAGAGUUAUAAUUUUAUUUUUUUCAAUAUGGUUAGACGGGGUAAAGUAAGGAAAUGAUAGGAAGAUUAUUUUAAAUUCUUCAAUGUAAAUUUAUUGCUUUAAUUUUUAGUUUAUCCCUAUUGUUUUGUACAUUUUAAUGAGUUACUUUAAAUAUUCUUGAUAUUUGAUUUUUAAGUUUGAUCAUCAGCAGCUUUUCUUCGUCAAUAGUAGCAGCAUCUAUCUCAGCACCUGGAAAAAAAAAUACGAAAAAUGAAAGGCACAAUGUCUAAUAUAAUUCAUCUAAGAAUAAUGUGUCCUCAAUUGGCUUGACUUUUCAAUUAGAGCCCCCCCCCUCCCCCUCCCCAGCCCCAGAUAGUGAAACUCACCUAUUUAUUGUUGCAUAAUAAGCUGCUGUGACAUUUUGAAUUGCAGAGAAUUCCUUGCCUCCGGCACUAUCAUGUGAUUGUUUGGAAGAAAACUUCACGUUUUAACGACUUCGCACGUAAAAAAGCAUUGCACGACACGACUAUACAUUCAUAACGACUAAAUUUAUAAAUGAAAGAAAGUAAUUAAAUUGAAUACGGCAUUAAUAACAACACAAAGUAAUGUCGCGAAUGAACAUUAACGUGCUCCUUAUCACUGCUCAGCAUGGACUGGUGAUCACUGCUCAGCAUGGACUGGUGAUCACUGCUCAGCGUGGACUGGUGUUUUGAUUGAGACUCUUAUCGAAAGUUAAUUCGAUAGAUAAGUACCAAUUUCUGCGAUAGAAUCGAUAGCCGAACGUUUCUUCAAAAUCCUAGGCCGGACUAGUUCCACCUAGGCCAAACUAGCUCGUCCGAACGGGUUCGGCCUAAGCCGGAACUAGUUUUGCCUACGUGUUUUUGGAAAAACUAGUUCGGCCGAGGCCCAAACUAGUUUCGCCUACGUGCUGUAGGAUAAACUAAUUUGGCCUAGGAAAUUCUAGUAGGGCCCGCGGUAACUAGGCCAAACUAGUUCGUCCUAGGAAAUUCUAGUUUGUCCUGAAAUCGGGUUUGUCCGCUAACACAUGUGUUUAUACUCGGCUCCUUAAAUUGUCAAUGCAUGUUCAGAAGGAUAUUUUACAAAGUAACAAGUUUACAUUUUUAUGAAGUAUACAUCAAUAAAGGUAAUAUUCAUUAAGUCCAUGCAAUUUUUUCAAAAGAAUGCCGUUUCCUCCAAAAAGGAAUGCCAUACGAAUGGAAAAAUCUAGAGCAGCGUAUUUCGCACUCAUUUGUUCUGUACUUCCUAAAAACUUAGGUUGUUUAGAUAUAUGGGACUUUUUGUGAGAAGUUGCUAAUUUCUUAGGUUGAGAGAUUCUCGAAAUUUAGAAACUAAGUUUUUCCAAAAAAUUUAGUGAAAAUGUCAGCUAUUUGAUCUCUUGAUAUUUUAUGGAUUUUAAUUAAUCUUUUUUGGCAUAGUCUUGUACAAAAUGAGUAGCUACAUCAAUACAUUUAGAGUUUUAACAAAUUUACUUUUAUUGUCUAAUUCAAUAGCACCUGUUUUGUCCUUGUAAAUGUUAGUUGAAAUGCUUUUAAUAUAUAAUUCAGACAGGA